AUGACGUGGCUCUUCGUACUAUUAGCAAUAUUAUCUCAAAUUCAAAUAGCUGAAAGUGGUUCGGAUACAAAUUUCGAGGAUACAAGAUGUCGUUGUACUUGUCCAAGCACUUGGAAAUUUAUAGCUCAUGCAGAUAAUUCAACAGAUAAACAGGAUCAGGAUCAUAAACGAAGAUAUUAUACGAAGACCAAUAUUGAGCCAAGUUCCUGGUUAGUUUUUUAUAAAGGAAGCGUUUUUAAAAUGAAUAAAAAUAUUUUUCCAGUAAACCAGCCAAUAUUGUGAAAGACCAAGUGAUUUCACUAAUCGAUAGCUCAAAAAUCGAUGCAUUUUUGGCGAAUUGCGAUUGUCGUUAUGAAUCAAGAAACACAGUAUUAUUAAAAGUUGUGGUUAUUUUUGUAAUUUGCGUCAUCGCAGUUCUAACAGGAUAUAUGGUUUUCUUGAUGUGUUUGGAUCCAAUGCUCCGAAAAAAGCGACUUUCAAUAAGUUAUCAACAACAUAAUGAUGAGAUGGAAGAUAAUAUUUUUGCACCAAAUGCAACUGCGGAGCCUUCGUCUUCUUCUCUUGAUCCAGAUGGUACAACUAGAGCUAGAAAUACUGGAAGUAAGGGCUUUUCUAAAGUUUUUGACAAAUAUUUGAUGUAAUAGAUGUUCGCAUUUAUUUAUUUUCAGAUGUUCUCGGUCGCGUUGAGGCUGAACAAAAUCGCUGGAUGCGAAAAGUCGAAGAGCAGCGCCGAAAUAUUUUCGAAGAUCACACAAUGCUCAAUUAA